CAUGAAGUGUCCUGAAAAGGCAAAUUAAUGAAGACAAGUAGAUUAGUGGUUGCCUCAGGGAAAAUGGAGAGUAAAUGUUCUGAGGCCAUGAAAAUUAUAAAGUUACUUGUGAUGGGGUACAAUCCUACGAAUGCACUGGAUUGUACACUAUACAUUAUUAGUCAUUUAAGAAAUUAAUCAGAUGUAGAUCAGUCAGUGGUAUAUCUCAAACUUUCUGUGUUUUGUUUGAGGACAGGGCGUCUCCUUGCCUCCCAGCUACGGGCUCAGUACCUGGAGCAGAAACAUUGUUUAUGGACUAACUAUUGCACCUUUUUUUAAGGAUGUUACUAAAGUUAAAAUGGACAGACGUCCGACUUUGGAGGUUCGUACCGCAACCAGCGGCUUCUUUCGGUUGGGACAUCGCCCUAUGCCACUACCUCUCCUGCCACUGCGUUUUGCCGGAGAACCGCACACCUCUGCUCCCAAGUCACCAGUACGAAUUCGGACGCCCGGCUUCUGCGCAUGCGUUCCGUUCCCCGCCUCUUCCGGUUCCGCUAGGCCCGCGCCGUCGCAGGUUCCCUGCCGACGGCUCUUCUGCCUUCACCUGUUUUGGAGUCGGGUUUCCUCGCACCCGUGACGGAUCAGUGUGGGCGCCGGCGGCUCGGCGCCUGCGCAGACGGCAAGCGUCCGUCACCAUGACAGCGCCCGCUGGGGGCCCGGGAUCUUGGAGUGAAAACAUAUUGGAGUAUUUUCUGAGAAAUAACCAGAUUACAACAGAAGAUGGCGCUGAGAUCAUCUGGUAUCAUGCAGCUAACCACAAAGCACAGAUGAAGGAGGCACUGAGAAGUUCUGCUCACAUGAUAGAGGCUGACGUCCUUCUUCCAAGUGAUGGAUCCGAACAUGGUCAACCAAUCAUGGCCCAUCCUCCUGAAACAAACAGUGAUAAUACUCUACAGGAGUGGCUGACUGAAGUUGUGAAGAGCAAUAAAGGCAUCAAGCUGGAUUUCAAGAGUCUGGCAGCUGUAGAACCAUCCAUGAGGCUUUUGGAGAACGUGAAGAGGCAUCUGAAGCGUCCUGUAUGGAUUAAUGCUGAUAUUCUUCCUGGUCCAAACGGAAGUAACAGAGUAGUAGAUGCAAAGCCGUUUAUAGACACUGUGACGGCCUUCUUUCCCGACGUGACAUUUUCCCUGGGUUGGACAACAGGAUGGCAUCCUGAGAAAGUCAAUGAAGGAUACAGCUGGACAAUGGUGAAGCAGAUGGACUCUGUAUGUAGUGAAUUAAGUCAACCCGUGACAUUCCCUGUCAGAGCAGCAUUAGUCCGGCAGUCUUGUUCACAGUUACUCUGGCUGUUGAAGAAAUCUAACAGGUACAGCCUGACAAUUUGGACUGGAAAAAAUGAUGACUAUUCCAUUGAAGAUUUACUUUAUAUUAGAGAUAAUUUUGCCAAAAACCAGGUUUUCUAUGACAUCUUAGAACCACAAAACCAUGAAUUUAAACAAACCAUUGGUAUCAAAGUUAAUCUCUAAAAAGAGGAUUCUUCUAAAUCAUUUUCUAUAUUUUCAUUUCAUAAUCCUUUUCUGCUUUGGUCUUAAUUAAUUACCAUAUAAGUUAUGGUUAUUGGUUUAUGCUGCAAUUUACCCAGUCAAAUGCUUACUGUAAGCUUACCCUUUUAGGCAUACAUCUUUAUAAUAUUGUGCUUACCUAAAAGAUUUAGAAAGAAGAGAUUUUAUUUGAACCAGUAAUAAUUUAGGAAAAUGAUACUCUGAACUUCAUGAAAAAUAAUUUUUUAUAUACUGAAGGUGCAUGAGAGAAUACAUGUAUAUCGUAGCACAGGUAUAAAUCACAAUUUAUUGACACUUGCAUUACAGAGAUUCCAAAGGAUGUGGGGCCAUAUUUUUCCUGGAAAAAUAUUAUUACAGAGAUAAAAAAGUAAAAUAGCUUUAAUUAAAAAAAAAUUUUUUUCAGCGAGAUUUUUGCUAAAGGG